GCUCCUUCUCUUCUGUGAAAGAAAGUAGCCAAGUCGGUGGCGGCGUGGCUGUUUGAUAGGUUGGGACUUAUCCGGUGAAUACGGUGGACUAAUGGCGGAUACGUUGACACUUUUCACUUCCAUCGGGCUCAGCGAGCAGAAAGCGAAAGAAACAUUGAAAAAUGAAGCGCUGAGCUCAGCCCUGAAGGAGGCAAUUACUCAGGUCCAGCGUGUCCAUGGGUCAUCAGGAAUGGACAAAGCCAUGGGUACAUUGCUGUACAGUAUGACAUCGCGCCUUAAAGACUCCAAACGCCUGGCAUUUCUUUCAGACUGCAUAGCUCAGCGCAAAAUCUGCACAGAGCUGCAGCUCUCAGCUGCUUUGGACUUUGUCAAAAGUCAUCCUCAGGACCCCAUCAACCAGAAGGAGUUUGACGAAGCAUGUGGAGUGGGCGUUGUCAUAACGCCGGAGCAGAUUGAGGAUGCAGUUGAGUCUGUGAUCAAGAAGCAUAAGGAGCAGCUGUUAGAGGAGCGGUACCGCUUCAACAUGGGGCUGCUAAUGGGUGAAGCACGUGCAGCCCUGAAAUGGGCUGAUGGAAAGGUGAUCAAAAAUGAGGUGGACAUCCAGGUUCUACACCUCUUGGGACCCAAAACAGAAGCUGACCUGGAGAAGAAACCUAAGCCACAGAAAGUUAAAGUUGCAGAGAACGACGCAAAGGUGAAGAAGGAGGAAGUGGCUAUGAACAGUAAUGGGAUGUCUGGGGAGGGACGGUCCCUAAUGGAGCAGCUCAGAGGAGAGGCGCUGAAGUUCCAUAAACCAGGAGAGAAUUAUACAACUGAGGGCUAUGUGAUGACGGAGAACACGAUGGACUUGCUCAAAAAACACCUAGAGCUCACCGGUGGACAGAUACGAACCCGUUUCCCUCCUGAGCCGAACGGCAUCCUUCACAUCGGACACGCCAAAGCCAUCAACUUCAAUUUUGGUUAUGCUAAGGCAAACGAUGGAAUUUGUUUCUUGCGGUACGAUGACACAAACCCUGAGAAGGAGGAAGAGAAAUACUUCACUGCCAUCAAAGACAUGGUGGAGUGGCUGGGCUACAAACCUUAUGCCGUCACGCACGCCUCUGACAACUUUCAGCAACUCUACAAUCUUGCUGUGGAACUUAUUCGCAGGGGUCACGCGUACGUGUGCCAUCAGAAGGGAGACGAGCUGAAGGGCCAUAAUGUUCCUCCGUCACCUUGGAGAGACCGACCCGUCGACGAGUCGCUGGUAUUGUUUGAGAGGAUGAAGAGGGGCCUGUUCGCAGAGGGAGAGGCCACGCUCAGGAUGAAGAUGGUCAUGGAGGACGGGAAAAUGGACCCCGUGGCGUACCGAAUCAAAUACACAGCUCAUCAUCGGACAGGAGAUGAAUGGUGCAUCUACCCCACUUACGACUACACCCACUGUCUGUGUGACUCGAUUGAAAAUAUUACACACUCACUGUGUACCAAGGAGUUCCAGGCUAGACGUUCAUCGUAUUACUGGCUGUGUAAUGCUCUGGACGUGUACUGCCCUGUUCAGUGGGAAUAUGGCCGCUUGAACCUCACCUACACUGUUGUGUCCAAGAGGAAAAUCAUCAAACUGGUUGAGACUGGUGUUGUCAGAGACUGGGACGAUCCCAGACUCUUCACUUUGACUGCACUGAGGAGAAGAGGUUUCCCCCCAGAGUCAAUCAACAACUUCUGUGCUCGGGUGGGAGUCACAGUUUCCCAGACGACAACAGAGCCCCACCUACUGGAGUCAUGUGUGAGGGAUGUGCUGAACGACACAGCACCCCGAGCCAUGGCUGUGCUGGAACCUCUCAAAGUCACCAUAACGAACCUCAACAACUCCAUGUCAGAAGUACGAGUACCAGACUUCCCUGCCAACGAGGCCAAGGGCAGCCACGCAGUUCCAUUUACACAAACGAUCUUCAUUGAACAGAGCGACUUCAGAGAGGUGAUGGAGAAGGGCUACAAACGUCUGACCCCAGAACAGCCUGUAGGCCUGAGGCAUGCUGGGUAUGUCAUCUCCGUCCAGAAGAUCAUUAAGGACUCUCAGGGUAAAGUGGUGGAACUGGAGGUGACCUGCUGCAGCUCUGAGACUGCAGAGAAACCAAAGGCCUUCAUCCACUGGGUCAGCAAGCCUUUGAUGUGUGAAGUGCGUCUCUAUGAACGACUCUUCCUGCACAAACAUCCGGAGGAUCCAUCUGAAGUGCCAAACGGCUUCCUGAGCGACAUCAACCCCAAUUCCCUGCAGGUGAUCAGCAGUGCCUUAGUGGAUACCUCAGUUAAGGGAGCAAAAGCUUUUGACAAGUUCCAGUUUGAAAGAGUUGGCUACUUCUCCGUGGACCCUGACAGCACCGCGGACAAGCUCAUCUUCAACAGAACAGUCACCCUCAAAGAAGACCCCGGGAAGAUCUGAUUGACUGGAGAUCGAGCCGCGCUUCCUGCUUCCUACGAGCCCACAGAUACAUGUCCAGAUAGUUUGCAUCACUUACUGUCCAACAUCAGCAACAGCUCAGGCUGCAGUUGAGUCAAAUGAGAUGCUUUAAUACCUGUAUGCCAUUUAUUUCUUAGCAGCAGUUUUCUUGCAUUGAUCGAUCUCUCUGAAAGUGGGGAAUGUAUUUCUUUAGCUACUGGUUGUGAUUUCUCCCCAAGAGAUCAACAGAGUUAAUAAUCCUUGAACUUUCUUUUCCUACAUCUGCUGCAUUAAUAUUCACGUUUUGUUUUCUUUGUUGAACUUAUGCAACUUUGAUCAUUGCUCAACAAAGACCGUGUGAGUAAAUUUGACUCAGUUACAGUGACUACGCUGAUGUUACACAGAGGAGAUGCUCUCAAACGACUGAUGAUUAUUUCUAACAAAGGUAGUGGGUUACUGCCAAACACCAUUUGUUUUUUUUUUAAGACUCUGGGUUCACUUGUGUCCUUUUGACACAACAAAAUAAAUGCUAUUUAAAAAAAAGAAAAGAAAAAAAAUCUCUUCUUUAAUUGUGUGAAAUAGGGAUGCACUGAUAACAUAUAUAUUAUCAUAUUAAUGUAAAUAUCCAUUUGCAUCUUUUGUUUUUCUGACUGACUUGGUGGCCACAAAUAUUAUAUUAAUAUUUAUUGAAAAUAAAUGUACACAGGGUAAGUACA